CAUGAUUUUAAAAUAUUUUUAGGCUCAGGAAUCCAAGCUAACCUUCCACCAGUUUCGUACAUUAAAGCAAUUGACGUUUGGAUGGGUGCUUGCACUACAUUUGUUUUCGCUGCUUUACUCGAGUUUACCUUUGUCAACUACCUAUGGAGACAAAAAUGCAAACAAAGAGCGUCACAUUUUAGACAAACAAUUACCAAUUUAAAAGCAAACAUUACAAACUCUACAAACAAUCCAGCUGACCAAGCUAAAAGAGACGAGGGAAAGACAAAAAUGGUCUUUAAUGGACCACCGAAUGAACCAAUUGGAAUAACAUUGACACGUCUCAGUGCAGGUGCGAAUGGAGGCGGUGGUUGCAGUAGCAGCGGUGGUAGUAGUGGCGGAGGUAAUGAUCAUUAUGUGCGUUACCAACUUGGUGAUGUACCCAAAGCAUCUGGAAUCGAUAGAACUUGUCGAUUUUUAUUUCCAAUGCUGUUUCUUGUGUUCAACACUGUUUAUUGGCCUUACUAUAUUUACUAAUUUAACGAACCUGUUGAAAUGUUGAGAAAACAAAAAUAAAUUGAAUAUCAGAAAAACGCAAAACAAAUCGUAAAUUUCAUUCAAACUACAACUAUUAUAAAAUAAUAUCAUAACUUAAUAUUCAA